AUGGAUACUAACGCUGCAAAUUCGGAGAAAUCUCAGCUGAUCCAUGAGAAGAAUGUUAAAAUGUAUUCUCUAAAACUACAGAGCACCUUUCCAGACUCCAAGGAGCAGUAUCCCGACUUCCCCUUUAAGAAUGGCGACGUGUCCGGAGCCAUCGAGCUCAAGCGACCCGUCGGCCUCCACUGCCACCGCGCCAAGGCCUCGGCCUGCGAUGAGAGCGGCGACAGGCUGCUGGCCAGGAAGAAGCUCUACAUCGCCUCGGCCGUCUGCCUCGUCUUCAUGAUCGGAGAAGUCAUAGGAGGCUACCUGGCUCACAGUCUGGCCAUCAUGACGGACGCGGCUCACCUGCUGACAGACUUUGGCAGUAUGAUGGUGAGCCUGUUCUCCCUGUGGAUCUCCUCCAGACCGCCCACCAAAACCAUGAGCUUUGGUUGGCACCGAUCAGAGAUUCUGGGAGCGUUAGUCUCAGUCAUGUCCAUCUGGAUCGUGACGGGCGCGCUGGUCUAUUUAGCCAUCGAGAGGAUCGUUCGCAACGACUACGAGAUCGAUGGUCACGUGAUGGUCACCUCUGGGUGCGCCGUCAUCGUCAACAUCAUCAUGGCGUACAUCCUCCAUCACUCCACCACCUUCCACGCUCACGGCAGCGGUUACCACCACAUCGACGAGGACGGCCACAGUCCCGUCUCCCACGGUCACUCCCACGCGCUCCUCGGUGGCCAUGGCAACACCAGCGUCCGCGCCGCCUUCAUCCACGUGGUCGGCGACCUGCUGCAGAGCGUCGGCGUCACCGUGGCCGCCAUCAUCAUCUACUUUCGGCCAGAGUAUAAGAUUGCAGAUCCCAUCUGUACGUUCCUGUUCUCCGUCUUCGUCCUCUGCACCACCGUCACCAUCCUCAGAGACGUCUUCAGGAUACUGAUGGAAGGCUCUCCUAAAGGAAUAGAGUUUAACUCGGUGAAGGAAGUGCUGCUGUCUGUGAAGGCGGUGAAAUCGAUGCACAGUCUGCACCUCUGGGCUCUGACUCUGGGACAGUCGCUGGUCUCUGUUCACCUGGCCGUCGAGGAAGGCUCCGACCCUCAGUCUGUGCUGCAGGAAGCCACCGAUCUGCUUCACACCAAGUUUGGUUUCUACAGCAUCACCAUCCAGGUGGAGCUCUACUCUGAAGACAUGAGCCACUGCAGCCACUGCCAGGACCCCUGUGACUGA